AUGGCGGCUUGGAUUAUCUUGGCUUGGCUGGCGAGUUUAUCGUCUGCUGUUCCUUCAAAUCGACAAGUACCAGUUCGAGAGAUCCUACCUCCUCCGUCGCCGUCCAAGUAUCAGCAACAGCGCGAGUUUCUUCCCUUGUUUCGGAGGGACGCUGUUGAAAGCUCGCCGACCUUUGGCCGCUUGUCGAAUGAUUUAAAUUACGAUGAGUUCGGCUCGCACAGGUACCCCCUGCGCGACGCAGUCGAAUCGUUGCCGGACAACGUAUUGGACGCUAAAUCGGAUCCUACAUUUCGAGUCGACUUUGACAGUGAGAACCAAAGAUUGCCUUUGAGAGACGCAGUAGAGCAUCGCGAAGCACCUUUUCUCGGCGUUGAUCCGGAUCAUGAAACGAUUUGGAUCGAGCCCGUGGCACCACCGACCUUGCGAAGGACGCAACAGAUUCUCGAACCUAAAAUUGUCUGCCGCUUCAACUCUGAAGCCGUUCAUAGGGCCGAACCGUUCUCCUUAUACCCGCAAAAUGUGCCAGAUUACAAAUGCACUCACCUAGUAUACUCCACGGCUACCAUCGACAGGCAAGAUUCCGUCGUUCCCAAUGAUCCAAUGUACGACCGAAUUAAAGGCGGUUACAGUGCUGCCACAGGGCUUCGCUUGAAAGAUCCAGCACUUCGUGUGCUGAUAUCCAUUCAACCAAAUCCACAUCGCAGUCUAGUUAUUCAAAGAAAUGCCAAUUUAUCGACUGACUUUCCAUUGCGGGAAUCUAUUCUCAAAUUCCUCGAAGAAUAUCGCUUCGACGGUAUCGAGCUCGAUUGGCCAACCGCCGCUCAAGACUGGUCUCAAUUUAAAAUUCUACUAAAGUUGAUCGGCACUCCAUUAGCCAAAAGAGGAUAUACCCUGGCAGUGGCACUGACACCGGAAGACCCCGUGGAUCUGGAACUCCUACCAAUCGUCGAUUUGAUAAUUCUGAAAAGCUGGCGGAGCCAACCAGCUUGUACUUCCUGCGAGAGAACCGAGUAUCCCGUUCUUCAUCCAGGUCCCUUGAGUUUCAUCGUGCAAAAUGCAAGCAAAUGGGUCGAGCAGGUCAGCACUGAGCAAAGAUCGAAGUUCGUCCUCGCUAUUCCCAUCUUUGGCCAAAGAUACACUCUUAAAUUUGGUAAUCUCACCGAUGUCGGCGUGCUCGCUCAGAAAUCCGGCAAAGAGGGUGCUUACACUAAACUAGGAGACGGAAAAUUAGCUUAUUAUGAGGUAUGUGAAAAAUUAGAAAAGGGUUUGUGGAUCUCUGGCAGGAACGAGGAAGGACCAUAUGUGAAGCGAGGCGAUCAAUGGAUCGGUUACGACGACCCUAUAUCGAUGAAAAUCAAAACGGCGUUUGUUCGAGCAAUGGGACUCGGUGGAAUCUCAUUAUGGUCGCUGGAUCUAGAUGAUUUUCAGGGUAUCUGCGGAAAUCCUUGGCCGAUGCUAAACGCUGCAAUACGAUCUUUAGGAUACUAUGAGAAUACCCCAACAAAGAAGUGCUCGAAGGAUGGUUUUUCCAGAGAUCCGGAAAAUUGUUCUGCAUUUUAUUCUUGCGUCAAAGGAAAACUGCAUCAUGGUCAUUGCGGGCACAGCCGGUACUUUGAUCCGAUAGAAGAACGCUGUGUGGCAGCCAUUCCAGCGCGAUCUUCAGAGAUCUGCAAACCCAACGUUUUUGAUAAAAUUGUUGGUCAGGGCACACCAUCGACAACACCGUCAAAAAAGGUAUUGCAGCAAGUCGGACCACGAAUAGCGUGUUAUAUGACAUCCUGGGCAUUAUAUCGUAAAGGAGACGGUAAAUUUGUGCCAGAACAUCUGGAUUCGAGUCUCUGCACCGAUAUUGUUUAUGCAUUUGCCGGAUUGAAUCCUGAGACGCUAUUGAUUCAACCGUUCGAUCCUUGGGCCGACAUUGAAAAUAAUCUAUAUCAGCGAGUGACGUCGAUUAAAGGAUCAAGAAUAUUACUGGCUUUAGGCGGAUGGACCGACAGUUCUGGUGAUAAGUACUCUCGAUUGAUCAGCAGUGGCAUCUCUCGUCGUAAAUUUGUCAUUGCCACGACGAACUUCCUGAAGAAGCACAAUUUCGACGGUCUAUCGUUCGAGUGGAGCUAUCCCAAGUGCUGGCAGAGCGAUUGCAAAAAAGGCCCUGAUUCCGACAAGCCAAAUUUUACUAAGUUAAUGCAAGAGCUGAGAGAGGAGUUUAACAAGCAAGAUCCACCUCUAUUGUUAGCUGUUGCCCUGUCGGGAUACAAAGAGGUCAUUGACAAAGCGUACGAGGUGCGCGAAAUCUCGCAAGUCGUCGAUUUUAUGUCGGUGAUGACGUACGAUUACCAUGGAUCGUGGGAAUCUAAGUUGGCACACAUAGCGCCCUUGUUUGAGUCACCAAGUGACAGCAAACCCUAUUACAACGUUAAUUUUACUAUGAACUAUCUCGUUGGUCUCGGUGCUGAGAAAUCUAAGCUCCUAGUCGGUAUCCCUCUAUAUGGGCAAUCUUAUCGGCUCUCGACGGCGAGUCAAACCGAUCUGGGUGAUCCGACGACCGGUCCGGGUAAACCAGGAGACUUUACUAAGCAACCGGGAAUGUUGGCAUACUAUGAGAUUUGCGAGAAGAUCAAACGGCACAAUUGGAAAGUAGGAGUUGGACCGAGUGCUCACUUUGAGGAUGAGUGGGUAGGAUACGAAGAUCGCGAGAGUGUUUACGCUAAGGGCAAAUAUAUCGUGGGAAAUGGCUAUGGCGGAGCUACAAUGUGGACCAUUGACUUAGAUGAUUUUCAGAAUCUCUGCUGCUCUGAGUCGUUCCCUUUAUUGAAAACAAUAAAUCGUGCGCUAGGUCGCUCGUCGGUGCCCAUCUCAGAGGGUUGUCAACGUCCAACGCAGCCGGUGACACCGCAAGCACCGACCCUAACUACUCACAGUGACGCCUUGAACGGUAAACCGCGCCCCACCACGUCAAUGACAAUGUCUAGCACUGAAACUACUACGUGGCCAACGUGGACAGAAAAGCCGAGCACCACGACAACUAGAACUACUUGGCCCACGUGGACUUGGACCAGCGAAAAACCCAGUGAAAUUCCGGAGGAUGUCACAAAACCUAAUGAGACUCAAAAACCAAGUACAGCUCCUAGCGGUAUCAUACCUACAUCGACUACAUCGUGUGCACCGACUACGCAGUCGACACUUUCUACAACAGAGAAACCGAUUACUGACACAUUGGAAGCAAAUUGUACUAGCGGCGAGUAUUACAGCGAUCCUACGAAUUGUGGGAAUUAUUACAGAUGUGUUCGUGGCGAGUUAAAGCGCGAACAGUGUGCGUCAGGAUUACAUUGGAACGCGAAUCGGCAACUGUGCGAUUGGCCAUCGGUGGUAAAAUGUCAAGCAGAAACUGAUUCGAGCUCGAAUAUAAACAAUCCUUCAUGGAGCUCAACCAAGAGACCGUCCACUACAACCACCGAAGCUACUAGGCCAACUUCGACGACAACGACAAUAGCGACCACGAAGUCCACCACAUCGAAACCUAUCGUUAUAGAACCGACGCAGAAACCGCAAAAUCCAUGCGAACAUGGACAAUACUAUCCCUAUCCAAAUUCGUGCACAAGCUUUCUAGUCUGUGUGAAUGGUGUCCUUGUUUCGCAACAGUGCGGUCCAGGUUUAAAUUGGAACACCGAAAAGAACAUGUGCGAUUGGGCCUUCAAGAGUCCAUGCAUCAAUAAACCUCAUAAGAAUGCCAUGCUCAUGGAAAAAGACACCGUUCCAACCACCUGCAUCACCGGCAGCUACAGUAGUGUACCGGGUGACUGCACGAGCUACCAGGCGUGCCUUUGGGGCCGUCAAGAAGUGUUCAGCUGCGCACCGGGUUUGCACUUCAACAAAGAGACUCGUAUAUGUGACUGGCCGUCCCGAGCGAAAUGCACGGACGACGUUGGUGACAAGGAAAUUACCACGCAGUCGACAACGACAUCCUCGCAUCCCUCAACCACCUACACGGAAUUCACUACGGAAAAGACAUUGACUACGUCGACCGUUAGUCAACUUACAUCGACUUUAUCUCCAGCGAUUAUAGACCCUGAUAAAGUCUCCCCGCUAUCCGGCUACUACAAGGUUGUGUGCUAUUUUACAAACUGGGCUUGGUAUCGUCGUGGAAUUGGCCGUUAUUUGCCAGAACAUAUCGAUCACACUCUAUGCACGCAUAUCGUAUAUGGUUUCGCGGUGCUGGACUACUCCGAAAUGAUAAUCAAAGCGCAUGACUCCUGGGCGGACUUUGACAAUCGUUUCUACGAGCGGGUGGUAGCGUAUAAAAAGCGAGGUCUUAAGGUGCUCCUCGCGCUUGGCGGAUGGAACGACUCGGCCGGUGACAAAUACAGCCGAUUAGUGAACAAUCCUUCCGCUAGAAAGAAGUUUAUCAAUCAUGCCCUUCAGUUUAUCGAAAAAUAUAACUUUGACGGAUUAGAUAUGGACUGGGAAUAUCCCGUUUGUUGGCAGGUGAAUUGUAACAAGGGGCCAGAUUCGGAUAAAGAAGGUUUUGCAGCUCUUUUACGCGAAUUAAGUGCUGAAUUUAAGCCGAAAGGAUUACUUCUAUCGGCAGCGGUCUCGCCGAGCAAGAAAGUAAUCGACAAAGGCUACGACGUACCGUCGUUAGCCAAGUAUCUGGAUUGGAUAGCUGUUAUGGCAUAUGAUUAUCACGGACAGUGGGAUAAACGAACUGGUCACGUUGCACCUUUAUAUUAUCAUCCGGAUGACGAGUUUGACUACUUUAACGCUAACUAUUCCAUCAAUUAUUGGAUCUCAAAGGGCGCACAUCCUAGAAGCAUCGUUAUGGGUAUGCCGUUGUAUGGACAAUCCUUCACAAUCAACGAUCCAAGCGCUGGGACUGGUUUAAAUUCUCCGGCGAGCGCUGGAAACGCCGGGGAGUUCACUCGAGCUGCUGGUUUUCUGUCUUACUAUGAGAUCUGCGAUAGAAUACUCAAUCGCGGUUGGAUAGCGGUACAGGAUCCAGAAGGUAGAAUGGGACCAUAUGCCUACAAGGGCAGCCAAUGGGUCAGCUUUGACGACUCAGAGAUGAUCAGGCGGAAAGCGCAAUUCGUGCGCGACAUGGGACUAGGUGGUGGUAUGAUAUGGGCUCUGGAUUUAGACGAUUUCCGCGGACGAUGUGAUAACGGACCUCAUCCACUGAUGCACACAAUCCAGCGGGUACUAGCGGAACCAUCGAAAGAGCACAAUAAGCCUCUGCAAAAGCCAUCGAUGUCGGCACCAUCGCCAUCGAUGACGACGUUGACUGUUGAGCCUACACAAGCGAUACGACCAACUACUACGGUAGAUCGUGUUACACAGGACAGUUCCAAGAACGACGAAUUUAAAGUCAUCUGUUAUUUUACAAACUGGGCCUGGUAUCGACAGGAGGGUGGCAGAUUUGUACCGGAGGAUAUAGAUCCCGAUCUCUGCACCCACGUGCUUUAUGGAUUCUCUGUCCUCGACGGUAGCAGCUUAACGAUAAAGUCUCAUGAUCCCUGGGCCGAUAUAGAUAACAAGUUUUAUGACAGGGUAGCAGCAUUCAAGGCAAAAGGUUUAAAGGUGUUGAUGGCGUUGGGCGGUUGGAACGAUUCGGCCGGAGACAAAUACAGUAGAUUGGUGAACUUGCCAUCGGCUAGGCGAAGAUUCAUUACGCAAGUUCUUGUCUUCAUUGAGAAAUACGGCUUCGAGGGCCUUGAUCUUGACUGGGAGUACCCAGUAUGCUGGCAAGUAGAUUGCAACAAGGGUCCGGAAUCCGAUAAGCAAAACUUCGCUGAACUGGUAAAGGAAUUGAGCGAUGAAUUCAAGCCGCGAGGAUUGCUUCUCUCUGCGGCCGUUUCACCGAGCAAGAGAGUGAUCGAUGCGGGAUAUGAUGUUCCCGUUUUGUCGAAAUAUCUGGAUUGGAUAUCCGUUAUGACAUACGACUUUCAUGGUCAAUGGGAUAAGAAAACUGGCCACGUAGCACCAUUGUAUAGUCUUCCGAACGACUGGGAACCGACAUUUAAUGCCAACUUUUCGAUUCAUUAUUGGAUAGAGAAAGGUGCAAAUCCAAAAAAGUUAGUGAUGGGCGCUCCUUUGUACGGCCAAUCAUUUUCACUUGCGGAGAGAAACAUACAUGAUUUAAACGCGCCAACUUAUGGCGGUGGCGAGGCUGGAGAAGCGACCAGAGCAAGAGGCUUUUUGUCAUACUACGAGAUAUGUGAAAGAACGUUGAAGAAGGGAUGGACAGUCGUUCAAGAUAGAGAGAGAAGAAUCGGCCCCUACGCCUACAAGGGUGAUCAAUGGGUAAGCUUCGACGAUGCCCAACAAAUCAAACUGAAGGCAGAAUUGAUCAAGAAACUUGGCCUCGGCGGUGGUAUGAUUUGGGCUUUGGAUCUAGACGACUUCAAGAACAGGUGUGGAUGUGAACCCAGCCCGCUAUUGAGGACGAUGAAUCGAGUUUUGAGGAACUAUCCAAAGGGCCCGCUGUGUCCCAUUACAGAAGGUACAGAAGCGAUUAUAGUCGAUGUCGACCAAAGCAAUAUUGAAUCUACGACUGUCACCGAACGUCCCAUAUACGAAUCCACUACAUCACAAAGACCUACAUAUAUACCACCAGCGACGAUUCCUACAACGACUGUAUUAGAUCCAGACAUCGAUGAUACCAUCGAGAUUGAAGCCAGCCCACCUCCUCCGGCGGAUUGCGGAGGGCAUUUAUUCAUACCGCACAAAAGCGACUGCACUAAGUAUUAUCUAUGCAACUUCGGUAAGAUCUCGGAACAGUCUUGUCCACCUGGAUUAUAUUGGAAUGAAGAUCGAUGCGACUGGCCGGAGAACACCAAAUGCAAGACUGCUGAGCGUCGAAGCAGCCUGUUGCCGAGAUUUAGACUUGCCAAAAAUAUAAAUGAAAAAAAAAUAGUUUGUUACUACACGAAUUGGACUUGGAGACGCUCAAACUUUGGCAGCUUCACUCCUGAGGACAUCGACGGGACGCUUUGUACGCAUAUCGUGUACGCCUUUGCUACUCUGGAAGAGGAUACAUUUCUUCUAAACAUCGAUGACUCUGACAAUGUCUACAGGAGUUUUCUUAACAAAUCAGCGGAAAUUAAAAGAAGAAACGGCGUUAAGAUAUUACUCGGUUUAGGUGGAUGGAACGAUUCAGAGGACGAUAAGUAUAGCAGAUUGGUAGGCAGUCCGCAGUCGACUAGAAAAAGUUUUGCUGGAUACACCGCAAGAAUCAUCGAGCAAUACGGAUUUGAUGGACUUAAUCUUGAUUGGGAGUUUCCAGUAUGCUGGCAGGGCGACUGUAGCCGUGGUCCUACAGAAGACCGCGAAAACUUCGUCGAAUUUCUCAAAGAGCUCAAUGAAGCGUUAACAUCUAGAGGACUUCUGUUAUCCAUCGUGGUCUCAGCAAACAAGAUUAUCAUCGAUCGAAGUUACACCAACAUCCCGCUCUUAGCACGAUACGUGAAUUGGAUCGGUGUAGUAACGUACGACUAUCACACUGGCAUGGGAAGCGAAACAGGUCAUGUUGCGCCGCUUUAUCAUCAUCCCGAUGAUGUUAGCCCGUUCCUAAAUGCGAACUUCUCCGUGACGUAUUGGAUCAACAAGGGCGUGCCAGCCGAGAUGAUCGUCCUGGGGAUACCCACCUACGGAUCAAGUUUCACCUUGUUUGAAAAGUCGUUGGAUAGACCGGGCUUCCACGUGAAAGCUGACGGACCUGGAGAACCCGGCAAGUUUACGAGAUCGGCUGGGAUCCUAGCCUAUCACGAGAUAUGUGAUAAUGUGAAGAACAACAGCUGGUCCGUGACGAAAGAUUCGAAGGGCCGCGUGGGACCGUACGCGUCGAAACGCGAUCAGUGGGUCAGCUAUGACGACGUAUCUAAUAUAGCAAAAAAGGCUGAGCUAAUAAAGAAGCUGAAUCUCGGCGGCGGAAUGAUUUGGUCCUUGGACUUGGACGACUUUAGGGGCUUGUGUGGAUGUGGGAAGUAUCCACUCUUGACAGCUCUGAAUAACGGACUCGGAAGAGGAAACGGUCAUGCAACGGACUGUACUUGAGUUGCGAAAUCGCGAUAAUGUAAAAGGGCGAUAACGCCUCAAAGGAUUUUUUAUCGCUCAAGAGUCCAUGAUUUUAUUCGGCAACGUUUUAUUUAAUUUUUUUAUCUCUAUACGUAUUUGUUAUGACGACUAAAUUUUUUUAUGAACGCUCUUACCGAACAUACAGAUAUUACGAUCCUUCUCUUACAUAGUUUGAAAAG